CCUCUGUGGCAUUAAGGUCAGUUUAUGGGUUCCACUGGAAAAUCUUGCAAAGUGAAAAAAAAAACAACAUAUUUUAGAUUUUUUUGGUCUAUAUAGGUUUUUUUUAAAAAUAAACUUUGGGAGUUGUUUGCUUUAAACUGGAGAGACACCAAAGUGACACCGGCUGCCAGAGAUCAUAAAGAUCACUAUGUCCAGCGUUUGUCUGAGCUGUGGAUGAUGAAACAAGAGGUUCACACAUCACAGUCUGAGUACAGUUGAGGUAACCUGAGCACGGUGCCCAUCUUUCUCCCUGCUGUCCAGUUUCAGUUUUUACAAAUAUCAAGACUUUAGAUAUGCAUAACCACAUCUCUCUUGCCGCUGGCGGACCUUUUGCAUAGUUUCCUUAACAAAUGUUUUAAUAUUCUCGUCCCGCAUGCCACCUGGUAAUAUCAGUCCCACCGCAGCUAAUUUCCUGCCUUCAGCGAGGAGAGAUCACGCAGGCUUAGCCCUCCAUCUGUAGCAGGGCUCUUCUGUCAGCUACAGGCAAAGUUUGAGAACCCCAGCAGAGUGAAGCACCAUAAACAGCUACUCCCUCAUCAAUAAACAGGAAGGAGGCAGAUCACAGCUGACCCAUAUACAGAGAGGUGGAAUAAGAAUUCCCUCGGAUAGGACCUCAGUGGUAAGAAAAUGCUCUUUCAUAGAUAAUAUUUAUGUCUUUUUUUUUCUUCUUUUUUUUAACAGGUGACAGUGGGCACACAAACAUUUACACCUUAAGUGUUAACGAUAAGACAGUCAGGGUUUAGGCUUUAGUGGAAAUUUCUCCUGUUUUCCUAAGUGUUUGCUAGAUUGUACAGGGAAAAUGUGCCUUAAUGCUGGGAACUGUCACACAGGUAAUCAAAGUGUUAACCUUAGAAUAAUUACAUAUUUUUGGUUUCCUCUGAGGCCAGUUAUUUCUAAUCAAUGAAGCUCCUAAUUAACAAAAUCAAGGCUAUGUAGAGGAAAGUUUUCUAACAAUCAAAAAUAGCAACUUACAGAACAAAGUUAAUGUCACAAAGUAUAAAGGAUUUUCAGGUAAAUAUUGGAAUAGAGCAUAAGCCGCUGUUACAUUCAAACUAAUCAGUGUGACUUUGCAAAAUCACUGUAAAACUAUAAUAUAAUUCAGUGCUUAUAAACUUGUAUUAGUGCGUAGAACAUUUUUCCUGACCGCAAAACUGAACUGUGGAGAAACAGGUUAAACCCUUGUAGACAGUUAUCUCAUAAAUCUUAACUUCGAGUAUUGCCAGACAGUCCUGUUGUGUUCAUCGAAGUCUUGAAAUGCUAUUUAAGAUCAUCCAGAAUCAUGUUAGCUUGUCAGCUCUGGUAAUGAGAGUUAGACUUGUGCUUUAAAAACUUUUGCACCACUUGUGUGAUACACACAGCGAGUGUAUUACACAAACAUCCUAGAGAGUGAGUGUGCGUCUGUCAGUUUCUCCGUGGCUGUCUUGUUUCUCACGCAAGGAAUGAGUCGACCUAACGCGCUCAGCCAGCCACACUUCCCCAGGUUGGACCAGACAGGAGAUGUUGCUGAAGGCACUAUGAAAGACAGAGGGUUUCCAUGAGCCUUGAAAAGACCUUAAAAUUCAUAUGAGGCUGUGACAGUCCUAAGAAAGACACCACAACCUUUUGAGAGAUCACCUGUGGUAAACCAUAGACGUGACUUUGACUCUGUGGAGCGACGGAGGGAUGAAACUGCACUCACAGCAAGAAGACGUAACAGUUUAGUCGCACCAGUGAGGAUCAGCGGGCAUGGAUCUGAGACCGGAGCUCCCCACAGUCUCCUCUGCAUCUCAAGUCCACCCGGGGGCGGCUGCGGCUGCCGCAGCAGCCUCUAUCCCGGUGUCCAUGGCCGGCAACCUGCUGCGCGGCCCUCCGCUCCUCCUGCGCGCCGCGGACAAGUACCCGCGCACCCCGAAGUGCGCCCGCUGCAGGAAUCACGGCGUGGUCUCUGCGCUCAAGGGCCACAAGCGCUACUGCCGCUGGAAGGACUGUAUGUGCGCCAAGUGCACCUUGAUCGCGGAGAGGCAGCGGGUGAUGGCGGCGCAGGUGGCGCUGAGGCGGCAGCAGGCGCAGGAGGAGAACGAAGCCCGGGAGCUGCAGCUGCUCUACGGCACGGCGGAGGGACUCGCCCUGGCUGCAGCCAACGGCAUCAUCCCCCCGCGUCCGAAUUACGAGGUGUUCGGCUCCGUGAGCAGCGAGAGCAACUCAGAUUCAAGUAUCCAGAAGUACGAGUUGUUUCCAAAGAACCAGCUCUCCGCGUCCGCCACCCCUCAGCAGUCUGUGGGAAAACCGGCGUCCACCGAGAGUGACUCGGCCCCGGGCAUCUCCUCCCCAGACGGCCGGCACGGAGGCUCGGGGUCAGAGAACGGAGACAGCGAGUCUUUCAUCAGCUCGCCCGUCUCCAAGCCUCUUAAAGACGGAGAGGACACUCCUGGAUCCGUCAGCUCUCUCGGUUCCGAUUCCGGUUCCGAGACCGACAAAGACGAGCAGGAGCCCUCCCCCUCCUCCGCGGCCUCCCGGCACAUGAACGCCAUCGACAUCCUGACCCGAGUGUUCCCCAGCCACAAGCGAAGCGUCCUGGAGCUCGUCCUGCAGGGCUGCGGCAAAGACGUGGUGCAGGCUAUCGAGCAGAUCCUCAACAACAGCGGCGCUCAGGGCCCCAACAAGGCCGGUCCAGAGGAGACGUGGACGGCGGAGAGGAUGCUCCAAAACGCGCAGCAGCAGCAGCAACAACAACAACAGCAGCCGCCGUCCUCCGGGUCUUCCACCACCGCCCCGACGAGGCCCAUGUUACCGGGAGCCAUGACGCUGAGCAACCGCUCUGCGUUUUCUCCCCUCCAGCCGAACGCCCCGCACUUCGGCGCCGACCCGAGCACCUACCCUCUGGGCACCCACCUGGGACUGAACCCGCUGCGGCUGGCCUACUCCGCGCACAGCCGGGGACUGGCUUUCAUGACGCCCUACUCCACCACCGGGUUGAUGCCCACCCUGGGCUUCAGACCCCCGAUGGACUACGCCUUUAGCGACCUGAUAAGGGACAGGACAAUGUUACACAAAGAGCAAAGCUACGCCAGCGGCCUGUACGGGCCUUUGGUCAACAACACGCCGGACAAACAGUGAGGCGCGGUGGACCGACCACAGAGACACAUUCCGUUGUUAUUUCUAGCCACAAGUGUUGAAUGUUCUGGCGAAAAUCUGUGAUGUGUUUUGGCUACAGGCUACUGUACAUAAUAGGAUUAUCUGGCUUGUAGGCAAAUGGUCUGAGAGGGGGGAAAACUAAACUCACUUAUGUGUAAUUUUCAAAAAUAAUUUUAUAUGUUAGACUACAAAAGUUUGGAUGACAUUCCCAAUUUAUAAACCUGAUUAUUCCACCAAUAAAAUAAAGCGAAACUGAAAAGAUAUUUAUAGAAUCCAAAAUAAAUCACGACCAAGCCGGGGAGGAGAAAAGUAAACCCAGCUGCACAAAAGACUAAAAUGACAUGUUUUUUUUUAAUCGCUGAUUUAUGCCAGUUAAAAUAAAGUUACGGAGAAAUGAUUUAUUAGAGAGUUAUGACUGUUUUUUUAAUUAAAAAAAAAAAGCCCACAGCAUUUUUCAGCUGGUUGAUGAAACUGGGGUUAAAAUAUAAUUUCCAAAAUCAAACUUUAAAUAUCCAUUUCUCUCUCACACACAUCGAAUAAUAACCGGGGCAAAAAUUAAGUUAUUAAAACAUGUAGCUUACGGAUGUUAACCCUAUUUCCUGUUGUAAAAGUUGAACUAAUUAUGUGUAAAUGCCAUCCCUUUUUUUCUUAUGUAUUAUUUCACUUAUCCUCUUUUUUUUUAGUUCGUUUCCAACUGCCUGUAUUAUAUAUUGCAUUUGGUAAUAUGAAAUGCUAUGCUAUAUUUGACUUUUCAUUUAUCUGUUAGUCAGCUCAAAUAUUUUGUGACAAAGUGCUGGAUCAAGUCAGUUUCCUCUUCAAAUGUUACAAGCUGUGCUGUCACAUUGUAUGAAUAUGCUGGAAAUAAAUGUUAUUUUAAAGAAA